UCGAAGAACAUCUAGACUUAGAACCCAACCACGUCGUCAAUGAUAUGCCUCAGGAAGGCACCAGGCUUCUGUCUCCACAAAGGCACCCAAACCAUUCCAAAGAAGCCGAUCACGAAGAAGCUACCACUCAACGUCCGCCUAAUGAAAAAAAAAACCUACAGCUCAAGUUGGAUGCAAUGUCUUUCUUCGUCUUCGGCCUUUUUAACAAUUUUGGAUAUGUCAUCAUGCUGAGUGCCGCCCAAGCCAUCUCAAACGGAGAAUACUCCGAAUCUGCUGUUCUCAUGGCAGAUAUUCUUCCAUCACUGAUCAUCAAGCUCACUGCUCCUUUCUUUGCCCACCGGCUCUCCUUCCCACUCAGAAUAUGGAUCUCUACCAUUUCUAAUCUUGCGGCCUUCCAACUUGUUGCAUAUCCAAAAUCAGCAAAAAUACGCCUCCUCGGCGUCUCUCUGUCCAGCGUCGGCUCCGGACUCGGCGAAAUCACGUUUCUCGCUUUAUCGAGUCACUUUCACAAAAGCACCGUAUCCGCCUGGUCCAGUGGCACGGGAGCAGCCGGAAUUUUCGGAUCCGGCUGGUACUUCUUCUUCAUCUCUGUCGGACCCUAUUUCAUUCACAAAAUGUCUAUCCCCUUCGUCACCGUUAUCUCCGCCUCUCCCCUUCCUAUUCUCUCACUCAUCCUCUACCAUUUCUUACUCUCUUCACCUUCACCUCCACCCUUCACCUCUUCCCGCACCUUCCCCUUCUUCUCCAGAUUUCACCUCCUCCCCUCCCUCCUCCUCCCCUACAUCCUCCCUCUGCUCUCCGUCUACUUUCUCGAAUACCUCAUCAAUCAAGCCAUCGCCCCCUCUAUCGUCUAUCCCACAUCUCCCAUUCACUGCAAAGAAUACGAACUCUACCAACUACUCUAUCAGCUAUCCGUCUUCUUCUCCCGCUCCUCUUCUUCCUUCCUGUCUAUCUCCCAACUCUGGUGGCCUGUGCUUCUGCAACUCUUAAACGCGCUACUCCUUCUCCUUCACUCCAUCUUCCACUUCCUCCCCUACAUCGUCGUCACCAUAGUCAUCCUGCUCGAAGGAUUCCUCGGCGGCGUCACCUACCUCAACGCCUACCUCAACAUUUCGUCCCAACUCCACUCGCACGUAAAGGAAUUUGUCAUGUCCAUCACCGGCGUGUCAGACUCUAUCGGCAUAUCGCUCGCGUCCCUCGUCGGACUCUACCUCGGCCCCAAACUUAAACUCAUCAACCAUCAAUACCUAUCACAGAAUGCGUGCUACACACGAAAAGCACCUCUGUGA